AUGAUGGAGACGCCAAUGAAGAGGUGCCUGACGACGUUCGACCUGGCCUUCCUUGGGAUCGGCCACAUGAUCGGUGCCGGUAUUUACGUGCUGACCGGUACGGUGGCGAAGAACAUGGCCGGACCGGGCAUCGUUCUGUCGUUUCUGUUUGCCGGCAUCGCGUCGUUCCUGUCCGCCCUGUGUUACGCUGAGUUUGGCGCCAGGGUGCCGAAAGCCGGCUCCGCGUACAGUUACACGUACGUCACAGUCGGCGAGUUGUGGGCUUUCGUGGUCGGCUGGAACAUCAUCUUCGAACACAUGCUGUGUGCUGCCGCUGUCGCCCGAAGCUGGUCGGGCUACAUGGACUCGAUGCUUGGUCACAUCAUCUACAACCAGACUAACGGUCAGCUGGGUGUUCUGCACAUUGGCAUGUUCGACGUACAGCCGGAUCUGGUGUCUUUCAUGAUCGUGGUGCUAGUCUGUUUGUUCCUUGGUAUAGGUGCCAAGUGUUCGACGGUCACAAAUACCGUUCUCACGGUGCUCAACGUCUUUGUCAUUUGUUUCGUCGUCGUAUAUGGCCUGAUUCUGGCUCGACCUGAGUACUGGACACAGAAGGACAACGGAGGAUUUCUACCGUACGGCAUGUCUGGUGUGUUCGUCGGAGCCGCGAGUUGUUUCUUUGCCUACGUUGGGUUUGACAGCAUCGCGACAGCUGGUGAAGAAGCGAAAAACCCAAACCGCAGCAUCCCGAUGGCCACUUUCAUUUCUUUGUCUACAGUAACCGUCGCCUAUAUGCUCAUGGGAGGAGCGCUGACCAUGAUGAUACCGUAUUAUGAUAUACAUCAUUCGUCAGCUUUCACAGACGCGUUUGAGCAGCGCGGCAUCACGUGGGCCAAAUACGUAAUAGCCAUUGGUGCCCUGAGCGGUAUGACCACGUCCCUGAUUGGAGCACUGUUCGCUCUACCGCGCUGUGUCUACGCAAUGGCCGCUGACGGCUUACUGUUUCCUUUCCUGGCACACAUCAGUACCAAAACACAGACUCCGACAAUAGCCAUGGCCAUCUUUGGAGGGGUGACAGCUGUUAUCGCUCUUCUGUUCGACGUUGACACGUUAGUCGAGUUCCUGUCGAUCGGCACACUCAUGGCGUACACGAUCGUCUCCUGCUGUGUCAUCAUUCUUCGCUACCAGCCUGCCGCCAAACUCCCGUCUGCUACGACAAUAAAGGAGUCUUCCGGCGCCUCAGCUAUUACCUCGCCGCACUCAGAAAGCGAUGCCCUCGUAGAGCCGGAGGGUGGAAAGUUGAAGAAACGAUACGCCUUCCUAAGUCCAUACCUCGGUAGAUUUCUGCCCGGCAAAGUCGUCACGUACAGCGUAGCCACGCAGAUGGUCAUCAUGAUGCUUUUUUCUUGUACAAUCUUCCGAUGGAGCAAACUGUUGGGCAAUCUGUGGACAGCGGUCAUCGGCAUUGCCACAGCGGUUGUGAUGCUCAUCUGCUUGGGUCUCAUCAUGGUUCAUGAUCAGAACUCAGUACCGUUAGCGUUCAAGGUAAACGCUUUCACUAAUCUUCCGUCUUUUCCUUUUUUAAUCAAAAGUUUUACUCUUAUCAAACAAAGCGAAUACACUCGUAUAACAGUUAGCAACUUUCGCAUUCUAAUGACAAACAGCUGCUAUAUUUUUGUUUCAAAGACAUAUGAAUUGCUCGGCAUUUGGAAGGGAAAAGAAUGGCAGAAGGACCCCCCAGUUUUCGUUUCUACAAGCAAAUAUUUUACCGUCAAUAAUUCCUUCAUAUCGGCAUUGAUUUGA